UUUAACCUCGUUGUGGCUGAAUGUUUAGGGAGGGAUUGUUCAAGUUAGUUGUGGUGGCGUUGACCUAAUGAGGGAAAUAUUUAUUGAUGACACCUUGUAUUUAUAUCAUGUAACAAGGUGAUAGCGUAUAACUAAGAAUUAAGACGUUUACGUUGAGAAAAGGUUGCUAUUUCCAGUGCCGUACUAAAGCCUUUAAUCUUAAAAAUGAGUACCUCGCGUCGAAUCUCAUGUGGUUUGGACUUCUGCAGUGUUCCGGAUAUUAGAGCAAGUCUUCAGCUCGCUUCCGAAUCUGGAUAUGAUUUUGCAUGUCUACCAAUAGUUCAUCCGAGGUUUAAGAGAGAGUUCCUUCAUGGGAAAAGUAAAGAUCGAACAGGGCCGUUCACUCGGUCAGAUCUAAUUCUGUCGAGUUCAGCUAAUUUGUUUUUUGCAGAUUGGAACAACAUGAUUGUGGGCAAACUCUCACCAUACAUAGAUGUUGAUAGUCCAGACGGCACUUAUAGAAAACAGUCAGAGGAAACACUUGCACAAGAAUUGGCAUAUGCUGCUCAUCUUGGCCUCCCAGCAAUAAUGUUUACACUUAGAAGUGCGAACAAUGUCAACUUGUCAAGGCUGCUGAAUAAUAAGCUACUGGCCGGAUGUUGUUACCAGGUUUGGGUUCAUUUACCCAUGGAGAGUCCAUCAGUCGCAGCAUCAUAUUGCAGAUCUGAUCCAGAAGAAUUUGAACAAAAUAGUGAAUGUGAAGAAGCCAACACUUGGGAUUGGUGGAAUAAGUUAAGAUGCGUGAGUAAUUUUGAGAAGAAACUCGGCCUGGCACUGGAGAUAUCAGCAGAUAUUCCACCAGAGGAUGUUAUUACUAGAUGGCUUGGUGAACCUGUUAAGUGUAUUGUACUUCCUACUACUGUGUUCAUAACAAACAAAAAAGGUUAUCCAGUUCUAUCACGUGCACAUCAGAAUUUAGUGAAGCAGUUUGCAAAUUUGGAUGUACAAGUUAUUGUAAGAGGAGCCACUAGACAUGGUUACAGCAAAUAUUACCAACAAUAUUUGGACCAUUUUUGGCAGACGAUGUUGCACACAGAUGCCUUGACAGCUUAUGCCCGUGGCUAUGAAGAUUACUUACAGUGUCCUCUUCAGCCUUUGAUGGACAAUCUGGAAUCGCAAACAUAUGAAGUAUUUGAAAAAGAUCCUGUCAAAUACAAUGAAUAUCAAAGGGCAAUCUAUACAGUACUGUUGGACAGAAUACCGUUUGAGGAGAAGAAUACCAAUGUGCAGGUUGUAAUGGUUGUUGGAGCUGGCAGAGGUCCCUUAGUUCGGGCAGCACUCAACGCGGCGCAUAAGGCCGACAGAAAGAUACGGGUGUAUGCUGUAGAGAAGAAUCCAAAUGCUGUGGUCACGCUACAGGCACAGCAGGAAGAAUUAUGGGGUUCCCAAGUGACAGUAGUUUCAUGUGACAUGAGGGAGUGGGAUGCUCCUGAAAUGGCUGACAUUUUAGUUUCUGAACUUUUGGGUUCAUUUGGUGAUAAUGAGCUAUCACCAGAGUGUCUGGAUGGAGCACAGAAAUUCCUGAAAGCUGACGGUGUGAGUAUUCCAUGUAGCUAUACAUCGUACUUAUGUCCUGUUCAAUCAUCAAAACUGUACGGUGAAGUGCGAUUGUGCAAAGAGAAAGAUAAACAUCCUUUGCAGCAUUUUGAGAUGCCAUAUGUUGUACACCUCCAGAAUAAGUAUCAACUUGCCGCAACUCAACCACUUUUUAGAUUUGAUCAUCCUAAUAGAAGUAAAGUAAUGGACAAUUCGAGGUAUAAAGCUCUCACAUUUGACAUUAACCAAAGAAGUAUUCUUCAUGGCUUCUCAGGAUAUUUUGAUACAACUCUUUACAAGAAUAUUACACUGAGCAUUGUCCCUGAAACACACACGAAAGGAAUGUUUAGCUGGUUUCCAAUUUUCUUCCCAUUGCGUGAACCGGUGCACCUCCGAGCUGGUGAACAACUGGAAGUCCAUUUUUGGAGAUUAUCCAACAAGAAAAGUGUGUGGUAUGAAUGGUGUGUUACAAAACCAACACCUGGACCAGUGCAUAACCCAAAUGGAAGGUCAUAUACUAUAGGUCUGUGAAGAGGAAUGCAACAGUCUCCAUACUGUAUAUCUGGGCAGUAAGAUGAUCCCGAAGUUUUCGAUCUGUAAGCUGAAAUUAUCAGAACCUUCUAAAUUUUAAAGAGAAACUAUUGAUUCUACAUUAAUAAAUGUGGGGUUAAACAGGGUUAUUAAUGUUCAAAAACAGUGAUGUAUUGCAACAGAUACAAGAAGUUAAAAAAAGAAGAUUCAUUUGCACUUCAUAAAUUCAGUUUGUCGAGUGUAUUACAAUGUGUCUGCCAUUCUACUGAAAUAUUUUUAUUUUUGUAAGUCAGAGAAGCAGCUGGAACUCUAGUACCAACUGCUUGAAGAAACAUAAUUCGAGCCACACAAUUUUCGCAACAUUCAGAAUAUUGGUGCACUUUUAUUUUAAUGGGUGUCUGUGAUAUUGGUACAUUUUUCUUUUAUUGUAAUGUGACAAAGUGUACAGAUGUGUGUCCUGAUGUUGUCUUUUAUGCAAAGGAUUUAUUGUGUAACUGUGUGCUUUCUUAGUACUAUUAUUUGCUCACAAACAUGCAAUUUCAUAAAUUGCAGUUGUUCUGUUCUCAUUCUGUCAAGAUUUUUGUUUUGUUAAUUUUUCAGUUUCACACAGCGCCAUAUAGUGUAUUACCUCAUGUAAUGGAAUGCAACAGUAGUUGCUCCUGCCAAUGAAAUGACCAAUUUCAGACUUAUGUAUCUUUCUGUGAAAGCAAAAUAUGUGAUGCGGUGAUUAAAUAAAAUACCUUUUCCUCCUUUUUUAAAAAAUUAAAAGGUACUCAGUGAGUUUUAUGUUUUGACAUAGGAAAAAGCUGUUUGUGUCAUGGAUCUACUAGGUUGUGUUCUGCGUUCUUUAACAUUGAACUUGUGAAUAAUUAUGUUUAGGCCAUCUUACUGUAAAGAGCGCCAUGUGAUAUUUGUCUUUCAGUGUUGUUUAUUUUAUGAAAUAUGGUAAAACUUGAUUUUAGUUUUCAUAGUUGUAUCCGGUAUUUUUGAAAGGAGCCAGUGAUCAACAGCAAGAUAAAUUUCAAAUUCCGAAUUAAUAAAAUUUAGAAUA